AUGAACUUCAAUACAACUGUCCUCCAUUACUCCAAUGUCUUAUCCCACACAAAGAAAACUACAUUGGACAUUGUCUUCUACACCAUAAUUAUCCUCUUAGGCACCACUGGAAACUCUGUGGUCAUCUGGGUGGCCGGUGGCCGUAUGAAACCCAAUGUCACCAAUGUGUGGUUGGUCAACCUCGCCGUGGCUGACCUGAUCUUCUGCGUGUCACGAGUGACCUCACUUGUCACUAUUUUCAUUGGCCACUGGCCAUUUGGGGACUUUGUCUGUAAGUUUAUGAGCUUUAUCAAGUAUACCAACAUGUUCUGCAGUGUUUUUCUUCUGGCUGUCAUCAGUGUGGAUCGAGUGAUCUGCGUGCGGUGCCCAGUAUUGGCCAGGAAUAAACGGACGUUAUGUGUUGCUCGUGUGAUGAGUUUGGGGAUUUGGAUUGUGGCGAUCAUCUGCAGUUCACCAAACUUUGUGUUCCGGGGGGUCAACACUGAUGACAGCAACUUUAGCGACUGCUUAACAAAGGAAGAAGCAAACAAAAGAAAUUCAGUAAAGUAUGAUUUCUACUACAUUCGCUUCUUUUGUGGAUUUCUGUUUCCUUUCCUGGUGAUCUUUAUCUGCUACACACUGGCUGCUGUUGGGAUUCGAAGAACGAGAUUCUCCGGCAAAUCAAGACCUCUUCGAAUUCUUGCUUUAUUGGUUUUAGCCUUUUUCUUAUGCUGGGCACCUUAUCACAUCUUAGGUCUUCUUAAGAUGAUAAAUAGUAAACACCCUGCUGUAAAAUUAGGAUGGCGUAAGUCUUCAAAUCUAGCGUAUUUUAACAGCUGUGUGAACCCAAUAUUGUACUUCUGCGUAGGACUGAAUCUUAAGCAGCGCUGCAAUCAAAGCCUCUUAGGGAUUUUUCACAGAGCUAUUGCUGAAGACCAAACUCCUACACCAGGUGGCUCUAUUGAGGAACAGUCUAAAAGUCUUUCAAAGACUGCUGGUACAGAUCACCAAACAUCUGAAUGACUGUAUAUUAAAAAUUGGCUUCAAUCAGUGAUUUUUUUUAUGUUGAUUUCAAACACCUUUUUCAGUUAAUAGUAAAGAUAUAUCAAGGUUAUACUUUAACAAAAUGUUCUUUAACAGCAAAUCACUAAAUGACCUUAGCUGGUUUUCGUAGGCAAAGUUACAUUUGAUUAAUGUGUGGCUCAACAUGAAAACUUAAAGAAGAAAUUAUGGACAGUAUUGGUUGUAUUGUGUUUUUUUUUUGUGGUAUUUUGGUUAUUAGGAAACUAAGUUACACAU